AUGGGGCGGAAGAAGCCGAGUGGUCGAGGUGGUGAUGAUGAGCAACCAGCUGCUAAAUCUAAGAAGAAAUCCGUUCAAAUCGAUGACGAUGAGUACUCCAUAGCUACGGAGCUCUCUGAGGAGUCUAAACCUGAGGAAGAGAAGAUUGUUAUCACUGGGAAGAAGAAGGGUAAGAAAGGCGUUCAAAUCGAUGACGAUGAGUACUCCGUAGCUACGGAGCUCUCUGAGGAGUCUAAAGCUGAGGAGGAGAAGGUUGUUAUCACUGGGAAGAAGAAGGGUAAGAAAGGUAAUAAGAAAGGUGCGCAGCAGGAUGAUGAUUUUGCAGUUGAGGGAGACGAUGUUCCGGAGAGUUCUUUUGUAGGGAAGAAGAAGUCGAAAGCUAAGAAGGGUGGCUCUGUUAGCUUUGCCCUGCUUGAUGAUGAAGAUGAUAAGGAGGACGAUGCGGAGGAUAAUGAUUCUGAUGGUGACAAAGAUGAUGAGCCAGUCAUCAGUUUUACGGGUAAGAAGCAUGCGUCUAAGAAGGGUAAAUCACCAUUUGCGGCUUCAGCUUUUGAUGCACUUGGUGGUGAUGAUGAUAAUGAUGAGGAUGAAGAGGAAGACGCGUCUACUAUCACUUUCUCUGGCAAGAAAAAGAAGUCUUCUAAGUCUUCGAAGAAGAGCACUAAUUCAUUUAUCGCUCCUUUGCUUGAUGAGGAUGAAGAAGAGACUGAUGUUUCAACCUCUAGACCUGACGAUAUUGAAGAUGAAGAGAGCCCCGAGAUCAUGUUUUCGGGUAAGAAGAAGUCUUCUAAAAAGAAGGGCAGCAGUGUUUUGGCUCCAUUAGAAGUUGCUGAAGAAACUAGCGAAACUAAAACGUCUGAUUCUAAGAGUGAGGAGGUCGUAGAACCUGCAAAGAGUAAGAAAAAGAAGAAGAACAAUAAGAGUGGAAGGACAGUACAGGAAGAGUUCGAUUUAGACAAACUUCUUGCAGAGCUUGGUGAAGCCCCUGCUGCUGGAAAACCUGCUUCACCUCCGCCCGAAGAAGAGAAAGUGCAAGCUCAGUCUGAGUCAGUUGAACCUGUAGAGAAUGCUGGUGAGAAGGAAGGAGAAAAAGAGACAGCCGAGUCUGCUGCAGCGAAGAAAAAGAAGAAGAAGAAGGAGAAAGAAAAGGAAAAGAAAGCGGCAGCAGCUGCUGCAGCAAGCUCUUCUGUGGAGUCUGAGGAGGAAAAACAAGAAGAAGCAGUAACUGAGCCACUAAAGCCGAAGAAGAAGGAUGCAAAGGGUAAAGCAGUUCCUAAACAUGUUAGAGAUAUGCAAGAGGCUCUUCAACGGCGGCAAGAAGCGGAAGAGAGGAUGAAGAAGGAAGAGGAAGAGAAAUUGAGAAAGGAGGAAGAGGCGCGCCUCAGGCAGGAAGAGCUUGAUAAGCAAGCUGAGGAGGCUAAGCGUAAGAAAAAGGAAAGGGAGAAGGAGAAACUGUUGAAGAAGAAGCUAGAGGGCAAGCUUCUAACAGCAAAGCAAAAGGCUGAAGCUCUGAAGAGGGAGGCUUUUAAGAACCAGUUGAUGGCUGCAGGUGGAGGUCUCCCUGUUGCAGAUGAAGCUGAGCCUACCUCAAAGCGUCCCGUUUAUGCCAACAAGAAAAAAUCAGCUCGCCAAAAAGGCAAUGACUCUGCUUCUGUCCAGGUUGAAGAGGAGGUAGAGUUAAAAGAGAAUCAUGUAGAUAAACCAGAUACUUUAGGUGAAUUGGGUUCAGUAGACACUGCAAAGGUUGAUGUAAUAGAGUCACCAGACACAGACGAUAAAUCAAGACCUUCUGAUGUAGCUCAGGAGAAUGGGGUUGAGGAAGAUGAUGAAGAAGAAGCUGGGUGGGAUGAAAAAAGCUGGGAUGAUGAUGAUGUUAAUCUCAAAUUCAAAGGUGAUUUCGAUGAUGAGGAGGAAGAAGCUCAGCCUAUAGUUAAGAAAGAAAUAAAGGACGCUGUAUCAAAGACAAAUGGUUCAGACCCUGAAGCUGGAAAACCAACAUCUAAACCAGCAAGUACGAGCAACCCAACAGUACCUGUCACUAAAACUUUGCCUGAAGUGGAAGAUGAUGCACAUACAAAACGUGCUACCCGGGCAAAAGAUAAGGGUAAAGGUAUAGCUGUGAGUGAACCUAAAGAGGGUGAAGAAAAUCUCCGGUCUCCCAUUUGCUGCAUCAUGGGUCAUGUUGAUACUGGUAAAACAAAGCUGUUGGAUUGCAUCAGAGGAACAAAUGUGCAGGAAGGUGAGGCUGGAGGUAUUACUCAGCAGAUUGGUGCAACGUAUUUCCCUGCGGAAAACAUCCGAGAGAGGACUAGGGAACUGAAAGCCGACGCAAAACUUAAGGUGCCUGGUUUAUUGGUUAUUGAUACACCUGGCCACGAGUCGUUCACGAAUCUGCGUUCAAGGGGUUCAAGUUUGUGUGAUCUUGCAAUUCUGGUGGUUGACAUUAUGCAUGGGUUAGAGCCACAAACCAUAGAAUCUCUCAAUCUCUUGAGAAUGAGGAACACGGAGUUCAUUGUUGCAUUGAACAAGGUGGAUAGGCUAUAUGGAUGGAAAACAUGCAAGAAUGCUCCUAUCGUGAAGGCAAUGAAGCAGCAAACUAAAGAUGUUACAAAUGAAUUUAACAUGAGGCUCACUGGGAUUAUAACCCAGUUCAAGGAGCAGGGACUCAACACUGAGCUUUAUUACAAGAAUAAAGAUAUGGGAGAAACUUACAGUAUUGUUCCUACUAGUGCUAUCAAUGGGGAAGGAGUCCCAGAUCUCUUGCUGUGGUUGGUUCAAUGGGCUCAGAAAACAAUGGUUGAGAAACUUACAUAUGUUGACGAAGUGCAGUGUACUGUGCUUGAGGUCAAAGUUAUCGAAGGCCAUGGUACAACGAUUGAUGUUGUGUUGGUAAACGGUGUACUUCAUGAAGGUGAUCAAAUCGUCGUCUGUGGGUUACAGGGACCUAUAGUCACAACGAUUAGAGCAUUGCUCACUCCUCAUCCAAUGAAGGAGUUACGAGUGAAGGGUACUUAUGUGCAUUAUAAAGAGAUAAAAGCUGCACAGGGUAUCAAGAUUACUGCCCAGGGCCUUGAACACGCAAUUGCCGGCACUGCUCUACACGUGGUUGGACCUGAUGAUGACGUUGAGGUAAUCAAGGAGUCGGUUAUGGAAGAUAUGGAGUCAGUUUUGAGCAGGAUCGACAGAAGUGGUGAAGGAGUCUAUGUACAAGCGUCUACACUAGGGUCAUUGGAAGCUUUGCUCGAAUUCUUGAAGUCCCCAGCUGUGAAGAUACCCGUCAGUGGUAUCGGCAUUGGACCGGUGCAUAAAAAGGAUAUCAUGAAGGCGGGAGUGAUGCUCGAGAGGAAAAAGGAAUACGCUACGAUCUUGGCCUUUGACGUGAGAGUGACAACAGACGCUCGUGAGCUGGCGGACGAAAUGGGAGUGAAAAUCUUCUGCGCUGAUAUCAUCUACCACUUGUUCGACCAGUUCAAGGCUUACAUGGAGAACAUUAAAGAGGAGAAGAAGAAGGAAUCAGCAGAUGAAGCAGUCUUCCCAUGUGUUCUUCAGAUUUUACCGAACUGUGUGUUCAAUAAGAAAGACCCAAUCGUCCUUGGAGUUGAUGUCAUCGAGGGUAUACUUAAGAUUGGAACUCCGAUCUGCGUCCCUAGCAGAGAGUUCAUCGACAUUGGCCGCGUUUUCUCCAUUGAGAACAACCACAAGGCUGUUGAUUAUGCAAAGAAGGGCAGCAAGGUGGCGAUUAAGAUUAUUGGUUCGAAUGCGGAAGAACAUAAAAUGUUUGGAAGGCACUUUGACAUGGAAGAUGAGCUUGUGAGUCACAUUUCGAGGAGGUCUAUUGACAUACUCAAAACUAACUACCGGGAUGAAUUAAGCAUAGAUGAGUGGAAGCUAGUUGUGAAACUGAAGAACAUCUUCAAGAUACAGUAG